AUUUCUGCCUCCAUUGUUACACUGUAACAAGCGGGGCCGGGGCGAAGCCGGGGGAGAAGAAAGGCGUCUUCUCUCCACAGCGUUAGCAACAUUUUAACCAAGCCGCUAAAUUUUCGCUUCACACUUUGAGAAGACGACAUAAAGUGUUAUUUAUCCCAGCCGAGCGAAGCGAAGCCGCCCCGGUGAGAGAGGGAGAGACACUGAGACACACACAGAGAAAGAAAGAGAGAGAGAGAGAGGGAGGGAAAAAAAACGGAUAAACGGACACAGAUGUCAGCGGAUUUCUUCAGGUCUUACACCAGAAAGAUAAGAUUAUUUACAUUCAUUAUUUUUUUUUUGCACUAAGAAUGUCGAGGAGUAAACCGCAGCUUCUCUUAUGACACCCCUUCUUUCUUUUCUUUCUUUCUCUCUCCGCCGGCUGCCCUUUAAAUAGACAGACAUGCUACAUUUAAAUCAAACCGACAGCUUUUAUAGACAGCUCCUUCUCCCUGUCUGCUGUGUUCACUGUGCAGAACAAUGAGCAUGGAGCCUGAAGUAGCCUGAUACACUCAGAUGUGCUGUGUGUGUGUGUCACACAAGUGUUGCAGGUUGACAAUCACUGAGGGUUAGCAGCAGCUCUGCUCCACGGCUGCAGUUUGGGUCUGGACACUCGCUGUGGGGGGUUUUGCACAAAGAAAGGAAAAGAAAAGAAAAGCAUAAAAAAACAUCUGACUGGACAUCUGAGAGGUUGAUGUGCAGCUGACAUUGGACAGAGAAGAGACCUGCGAGGAGGUUGGAAUAAGGGUCCCUGUUUCUGCCUCAGACACCAAGUUUCCAUGGAGGCAGGUUCGUCCCUCAGCCUCAAACGACGAUAUGAAGAGGUGGACAACAACUCUCCAUUCUCUACACCUAAGGACUCUGACGAUGACAUAUCCAGCAGCGACAGCGCUGACAGCUGCGACAGCCUCAACCCCCCUUCCAGCACUGCAUUUACCCCCACCUCCAUCCUCAGACGGCACAAGCCGUCACCAGGGGGGAAACGGGUUCGCUUUGAUGUGGUGACAGUUUAUUACUUCCCCCGGCGGCAGGGCUUCACGAGCGUGCCCAGCCAAGGGGGCAGCUCGCUGGGCAUGGCACGUCACCACUCCUCCAUCAGGCACUACACGCUGGGCGAGUUUGCUCGUGAGCAGGAGAGCAGCCACAGGCACACGCUGCGUCAACAUCUGCGCCAGGAGAAACUCAACGCGCGCAAGAUGAAGCUGACAAGGAACGGCACAGUGGAGUGCGCUCAGGCUGACCUGCUGACUCUGGAGGACGUGUCAGACGAGGACCUGGACGUGGACGGCGUGGAGGUGGACGACUGCUUCUUCUUGCAGCCGCUGCCCACAAAGCGGCGCCGAGCCCUGCUCCGGGCCUCCGGCAUCGCUCGCAUUGAUGCGCAGGAGAAAGCCGAGCUCAGAGCCAUCCGCCUCUCACGGGAGGAGUGUGGUUGUGACUGCCGUCUGUAUUGUGACCCCCGACACUGUGGCUGCAGCCAGGCGGGAAUUAAAUGCCAGGUGGAUCGCAUGUCUUUCCCGUGUGGCUGCUCUCGCGACGGCUGUGGCAACAUGGCAGGUCGUAUCGAGUUCAACCCACUCCGUGUGAGAACUCACUACUUGCACACCAUCAUGAAACUGGACCUGGAGAAGAGGAGGAUGCUCAUCCAGGGACCCGGGGACCCAUAUGCUGAAUCUGACCCAAUAUUCUCCCCCACUUCCACUUGUCCUACUUCCCCAGACCUGUCCUCCAUUGCUGGCCUGGACUCUGAGCUGGAGGAGGUGCAGGCGGUCGUGGAGGUUCAGGAUCUGCUGGCAGAGGAGGACAUAUUGGAGCGAGAGAACGAGACAGCUGUGCUACACCUGCAGAGUGCAGAGGAGCAGGAGAGGAGGGAGAGGGAGGAGGCUAAUGGGGAAGCAGUGCAGCCGGAGCUAGACACCGGAGGUCUUGCAGAGCAGCCUCUCUGCCUUCUGCCUGCUGCUUUGGGAGGGGAGCUCUCUGAACAGGCAGAGGUUCCAGGGGUGGAGCAGGUCCUUCUGCAGGGGCCGUUCCCCACCGGAGCUACGGUGUUGUGCAUCACUGACAACCAGGAGGAGAGCCCAUCUGACCUCCUCAGUAACACAACAUCUCUGCUCUACUAUCAACUCAGCCCAAUAGAGCCUGCAGCCUUUGAGGCCCUGCCUCGAGCGGAGGAGGAGAUGAGAGAGAAACGCGCAGGAGGAGGAGGCGAGUGUGUGGAGGGGAAACAAGUAGAAGAGUCACAGGGUGACACGCCUGAAAAAAUCCCCAGUAGGCAGAGUUUGGGCAAGUCUCUGAGCUCAGAGGGUUGUGUGGCAGCAGUGGUGGAGAAGGCGCCGCAUCAUCAGCACAGUCUCCCUGAAGAUCAAUGCCAACGCGAGUCCGCGGCUGCAGUGGAUCGACUUCCUCCUGAAGUUUAAUCCCAGCUUCUCUGCAGAUAUUUUGCACAAUAGCUUCAUCAAAGAUGAAUAAAUUACACAUUUCACACUUGUUACUGCUAUCAUGACAAAUGAUUACAGGUUGCAAUCUCUUGUGGUGACUGUCACUAAGAUAUGUGGAGGAUACAUGAUGAGGGUGUGUGUGUGUGGGGGGGGAAGAGAUACUGAAAGCACAGACCACUCCCCGGAAGUGAUAGGCAACAUUGUACGUAAUUCUGUUGGGGGUGAUAAACGCGGCCUUAAUGGAAAAAAAACAUAAAAACACUUGUGUGUGGGAGUCAUUGGUCGAUGACACGUACAGCCGGUAGUGCUUUGUGUUCAUUUUCACAGCAGACGCAGUGUGUGAAUGCUGACAUAAGCCUUUUUGUUUGGUGGUAUAUAAAGCUAUCAACACUAACACAAAUUGCUGGCGUACUCUCAGAUACUUUUCCGGCUUAGGUUCCAUUGCAGUCUUUGUGCUGUAGUCAAGCCAAAUGAAGGCCUCUGAUAGUGUCCUCCGCUGAAAAAUAGACCUAAUAGUCCUGGAAAUACUUGUUUAUUUGUGUACUGUAUAUGCAUUUGCGACGUGAACGACAGAGCCGAGAUCGCUGCUUUUUUUUCGUUCUUCUUUGAAACAUGUAUGUACUGUAUGCACAUAGUGAACUGAAGACAGUGGGUUGCUCUGCUGCAUCGAGACAUGAAGGUAAAGCAGCACAGAGCGGCAGACUGACGCUGGCUGCUCGUGCAAAUGCAGUUAAUUGGUCAAAAAAUAUAAACGGUGAAAAAAAAGAAAAAAAGAAACCUAGUUUAUCUGUAGUUGCAAUGCCUAUGAUAUUAUUUCUUUGAGAAAUGUGUGUUUUGUGAAUUAGGUAAUGUUUUUUUUUUUCAUUUAAAGAGAGAGAAAGGAAGUUAUUUCCUUCACAAAGCUAUACUGUAAUGUCAUGUUGCUUGUUGUCAUGUCAUGAGGAAAUGCCAGAAUAGAUUUUCCACUUGUUAAAGUCAUAAAUGAUCUCGUUAACUCUUUAGAUAUCAUAAUAAUAUGAAGAAAAUCAGCAUUUAAAGAUUCAAAGAAAACAACAGCCUGUGCUCAUGAAGGUAGUUAUAUGAGAUCAAAUUAUGUGAUGUUACUAAUUUAUCCAAAGGGUUGACAACAACCUGAGUUUGUAUAUUUUAUGUUCAAUCUGUAUGUGUAUGUGUGUGUGUGCCUACUUCACAUUUGUAUGCCUAUAUGAGCGAUGAAGGUGUGUUUGUAUCUGAGUGUGAGCUCAGAUGUAUGUUAAAUCCUGAAAGAUUACAUAUUUACAUUUCAUUGUAUUUCUCUCUGCCAUCAUGGAAACAAAAAAAAAAGAAAUGGUUUUAAAGGAAAUCUUUCUCACUGACUGAUACUGAGGAGCAAAGUGAAGAAGAGCCUCUUGUAGGAAACGCAAUAUAGCUACUGCACUGCAAAUCCUUAAUGUGGCAGUUAUGGGAUGAGGUGUGCUGUCUUUGCGUGUGUAAAUGCAAUCGUGUAAAUGUCCUUUUUAAGGUUGUGUCUGAGUGAUACGUGUGUGAGUGUGUGUGUGUGUGUGUGUGGACUCUUCUUACACACAACACACUCCUUUGUUUUGUUGCUUUUGCCGAACACAGGAUGUGCUGCCGUGUAUGAGAUGUCUUUUAAAUUCAGUGGUCUUAAUAUAAACCUGCUUAAGAGUUGCACCAAAGCAGUGGUUUCAUGCCUAAUUAAAAGAUGCUCUCAUCCAUCAGAGUUUAACAAAGAAAGUCUCAAGGCUGUGGGUCUGUUGUGGCUCUUUUGUCCUCGCGUGACUUUUGCUUUGCAAUAGUACCAUUUUGAAGUGAUGAUGAUGAUGAUGAUGAUUACAAGCUGCCCAUUGUUGCGCUUUUUGUCCUCGGUGUUCCACUAAUAGACUUGGGUCUGGAACCACUGCAUCAAAUUAACUCUAGUACACCAUGUGAUUGUGUGUUUGUCCGUGUGAGUGAGGUGAAUCAGUGUGACUGCUGACGAGACUGAGAUGUUUUGACUUAAUCUAAACGGCUGUGAGAAUCACUCUCAUGCUAACUGUUGCCUAAAGUGGACACAAAGGUUUUUUUUAUACAAAAUAAAAUAAAACACUAAUUUCAAAA